AUGAAGAGCGCUGAAAAUCAUCUGAAGCUUAAAAAAGCAGAUUUCUUCACCUUGGAAUGUGUGUGCAAUAAUAAUCAUUAUGCAAGGACUAUAAUAUCGGACAGGAAAUCCGGCUUCAGCAGUAAAGAAAGUAGCAGAAAAUUAGCUCGGAUAUCCAACUCGUUUGAACUCAGAGUGAAAAUGUAA